AUGGCCAUGAGUGAGCUGAGCACUCAGAAGACCAGUGAUGGCACUGUUUCUCGCCUGCUCAACGUGGUGGAAAGUGAACUUCAGGCAGGAAGGGAAAAAGGCGACCCUACGGAGAAGCAACUUCAGAUCAUCCUGGAGGAUGCACCGCUCUGGCAGAGAUUCAAGGAAGUCACGAAUGAAAUGAUCGUGACCAAGAAUGGCAGACGGAUGUUCCCUGUCCUAAAGAUUAGUGUCUCCGGGCUGGACCCCAAUGCCAUGUACUCCCUCCUGCUGGACUUUGUCCCCACGGACAGUCACCGCUGGAAGUACGUCAAUGGAGAAUGGGUGCCCGCGGGCAAGCCAGAAGUCUCCAGCCACAGCUGCGUCUACAUCCACCCCGACUCCCCCAACUUUGGGGCCCACUGGAUGAAAGCGCCCAUCUCCUUCAGCAAAGUGAAGCUGACCAACAAGCUCAACGGAGGUGGGCAGAUAAUGUUAAAUUCUCUGCAUAAAUAUGAACCCAAGGUGCACAUAGUGCGUGUUGGAGGUGCCCACCGAAUGGUGAUGAACUGCUCCUUCCCUGAGACCCAGUUCAUAGCUGUGACUGCCUAUCAGAACGAGGAGAUCACAGCUCUCAAGAUCAAGUACAACCCUUUUGCCAAAGCCUUCUUAGAUGCCAAGGAAAGGAACCACCUAAAAGACGUUCCGGACGCUGUCGCUGAGAGCCAGCAUGUAGCCUAUUCUCACUUGGGAGGCUGGAUCUUUUCCAAUCCGGAUGGAGUGUGCACAGCAGGAAACGCCAAUUACCAGUAUGCUACUCCUUUGCCUCUGUCUGCCCCCCACACCCACCAGGGCUGUGAGCACUAUCCUGGCCUCCGAGGACACCGGCAGGCUCCUUACCCUUCUGCCUACAUGCAUAGAAACCAUUCUCCCUCAGUGAAUUUGAUAGAAAGCUCCAGCAAUAACCUGCAAGUUUUCUCCGGAGCUGACAGCUGGACAUCUUUAUCUUCCACACCCCAUGCCAGCAUCCUGUCUGUACCCCACACCAGUGGACCAAUGAAUCCAGGGCCUAGCCCCUACCCGUGCCUGUGGACCAUCAGCAACAGUAGCGGGGUCCCUGCCGGGCCGGGCCCAGAGGUGCACGCCGGCUCCCCGGGAGCGUUUCUUCUGGGUAACCCCGCUGUGACUUCGCCACUCUCCACCCAGGCGCCCACUUCUGGUGUGGAGGUUCUAGGGGAGCCCUCGCUGACCAGCAUCGCCGUGUCCACUUGGACGGCAGUGGCCUCGCAUCCCUUCUCGGGCUGGGGUGGCCCAGGUGGGGGCGGGCGCCCUUCUCCCUCCUCAUUGGACAGUUAGGCAGGAUUCUGGGGAAGGGGUCAGCAGAGAACCUUCUGUAUGUAGAGCUCUAGAAACCCCAUCUACCGAUUCCAGUGAGUCAGACUGCAGGGUGUCCCCACCCAGUGAGCUGGACUGUGUGUGGGUUAUACCGGCAGCCGAGUAGGGGAUGGAUUAGUCGGGAAGAUACUUAUUAUGUCACUCGCCUCUCUCCACUGUUUUCCUUUUAGGUUCCCCUCUUCUUUGCAGCUUCUCCAUGCCAUGCUUAGGCAACAAAAGUUCGUUGAGCACCUUCCUUGUGCUCUGCCCCUUACUCUCAGAUGAUUCGAGAAGCCUGCACUUCUGUGGAGAUGGUGCAAAGCUGUUAGUGAGCUCAGGGUUUACCUAGCCUAAGGCCACGGCCUCCUAGCUUUGUGCAGCCCUGGGAAGUAAGCCUGGCCGCAGGGCUUCUGCUUUGAGAGCAAAAGAGGGUAUAUGUUUACAGAGUGAAGUUAACAAAGAUGGAGCUAAUCACGUCAUGCUCACAGCAGUGUGCCUGGAAUUGAGGAAAUGAGAAGAUGUCACUCCGUUGCUCAGAAACCUUCGAUGCCUCACCAUUGCCUGCAGAAUGAAGUCACAUCUCCUUAGUAGAGGGAAACUCCACCGUCUAGGUCAAACACUUCUCUGGCUUUAGCUCCCUCUGUUACCCCUUUGGCAUCCUAUAUUUCCGUGAGGGCAGACAUUCUGCCUCUGUUCGUUGGACAUGCAGUGUCCCUUCCCACCUCUUUACCUCCUCCCACCCUCUCUGUCCGGUCCCACCUGUGUGCAGCCUACCCAUCUCCCGGGCACUGGCCGAAGCUCCCCUCCCUGCAGCUAACCUCUGAUCAGCCAGGGUGCAUUUGACCUGUGCCGGCUCCUGCUCUCGCAGUGGUUUUGCGUCUGUGGUAGAGCUCACCUCAUUCUGCCUGUGUUUUUGUGAUCUGUGAGUGUGUCUCUCUCACUAGACUGUAAGCCCCUACCUUGGGGUGAGGCCUGGCCUUCUUGUCUCUGUACCCACAGUACCUGGCACUGUGCUUUGCCUGUAGUCAGUGCCCAAUAAACACGGGCUGAGUUG